AAGCGACGCGUCCCCGACAGCUGCGCGCACUUUCUGGAGAUUAGCGCGCGGAGACUCGUUGACAGAAUCGCACUGAAGCAGAGACUCACGGAUCGGGCCAGAAGCGGAUCUGGGUUUCGUUGGGUUCUAAAGAAAGACAGAAGAUCAGAUCGAGGAUAGAUCAGAUCAGAUCUGCUCUGUGUUGGAUGCGUUUGCGUGAUCGCGGUUGAAGGCGGGACUCGACUCACUGGAGAGGCGGUUCAUUGGUCCCACGCUCAUCAUGGACGGGCCGAGCGACGGCCGUUUCGCCCUGUUGUUGAUGUUCCUGUGUCGUGUGAUCGCAGCACUGGAGGUCCCUCUCGACCCUAAACUUCUGGAAAAAUUGCCGCAGCCUCCCACCAUCACCCAUCAGUCUCCAAAAGAUUUCAUCAUAGAUCCACGGGAGAAUGUCAUCAUCCACUGUGAGGCCAAAGGCAAACCUCAUCCCAGAUUCUCAUGGACUAGGAAUGGGACUCAUUUCGACAUCGAUAAAGACCCCAAAGUCAUCAUGAAGCCUCAUUCUGGAACGCUCGUGAUUGACAUCAGCGGAGGAGAGAAAGCUGAGGCGUACGAGGGCGUUUAUCAGUGUACCGCUCGGAACGAGCUCGGAACCGCCGUCUCCAACAACAUCAUCAUCCGGCAGUCCAGAUCACCGCUGUGGUCCAAAGAGAGAAUGAAUCCAAUCAUCGCACAGGAAGGACAGUCAUUGGUUCUCCCCUGCCGGCCCCCCGCUGGACUCCCCCCACCCAUCAUAUUCUGGAUGGACAACAAUUUCCAGCGACUGCCUCAGAGUCGGAGAGUUUCUCAGGGCCUGAACGGAGACCUCUACUUCUCCAGCGUCCAGACAGAAGAUUCCAGAAACGACUACAUCUGCUACGCUCGAUUCCCGCACACGCAGACCAUCCAGCAGAAGCAGCCCAUCAGCGUCCGCGUGUUGAACAUGGAUUCAAUCAAUGACACAAUGGAAGCUUAUUUCAAUGAAACAGAUUUGUUUGGUGAAAAAGCUGGCGAGGAGAGAGCGCCCACGUUUAUGGUACCGACCGAGCCUGUCAGUUCUAAACUGGUUCUGAGAGGAGAUGUUUUAGAGAUGGAGUGUAUCGCAGACGGCCUCCCCACUCCUGACAUCUCGUGGAAUAAAGUCAGCGGUGAGAUACCGAGCAUGCGUGGCUCCUUCCCUAACUACCAUAAGACUCUGAGGAUAAAAGAGGUUUCAGAGGCGGACGCUGGAGAAUAUCGCUGCACUGCCUCCAACCGGCACGGAACGGUCCAUCACACCAUCAGAGUGACUGUCAAAGCUGCUCCGUACUGGAUCAGUGCUCCCAGGAAUCUGGUUCUAGCUCCCGUGGAGACGGGCGUGAUCACCUGCCGGGCGGGAGGUCACCCCAAACCCACCAUCAGCUGGUCCAUGAACGGAGUCCCGAUAGAGAAUGCUCCUACAGAUCCCAGCAGGACAGUGGAAGACGACACCAUCAUAUUUUCAGAGGUUCAGACUGGUUCCAGUGCCGUUUACCAGUGUAACGCGUCUAAUGAAUAUGGAUAUUUACUGUCCAAUGCCUUCAUCAAUGUACUGGCGGAGCCUCCCAGAGUUCUGACCACACCAAAUAAAGUUUACCAGGUCAUCAUAAACAAACCUGCGCUGCUGAAGUGUGCGACGUUAGGCUCUCCGAUCCCAGCGGUCACAUGGUUUAAAGAAAGCCGCUCCAGCACUUUAGAAGGCGACCCCUAUGUGUUCCACAAAAACGGAGCUCUGGAGAUCCACGUGUCUCAGAAACAGAACAGUGGAAAGUACACCUGCGUCGCCAGAAACUCGCUCGGCAUCUCAGAGAACCACGUGUACCUGGAGGUCAAAGAGCCCACGCGAAUCCUGAGACCACCAGAGUACAGAGUGGUCCAGCGGAACCGAGACGUUGUGUUUGGGUGUAAAGUAAGACACGACCCGUCUCUCGUGCCCACCGUGACGUGGCUGAAGGACAACGGAGAGCUUCCUGACGACGAGAGGUUCCGAGUGGAUUCAGACAGUCUGACCAUUACAGAUGUGACAGAGGAGGACGCUGGUCAGUACACGUGUAUCGUGAACACCACGCUGGACGAGGAUUCGGCCAGCGCUCUCCUCACUGUGGUCGAGACCACACCCACCCCUGCUGUAAUCUCCGAGCAGCCAGAUGCGCCCACCGAUCUAGAACUGACGGAUCCGGAAGCCAGAAGCGUGCAGUUGACGUGGACGCCCGGAGACGACCACAACAGCCCCAUCACGAAGUUUCUGAUUCAGUAUGAAGAUGGUCUUCAUCACGCCGGAGUGUGGCACAAUCUCACUGAGGUUCCUGGGAUGAAGACCACCGCUCAUCUGAAACUCUCGCCGUACGUCCACUACACUUUCAGAGUGCUGGCGCUCAAUAGCGUGGGUUACAGCCAGCCCAGCGAGACCACUCGACAAUACAAAACCAACCCCGCAGCUCCUGAUGAGAACCCCAGUGAUGUCAGAGCCAUGGGCACGGAACACAACAAUCUGGUCAUAUCAUGGAAGCCCCUGACGCCUCUACAGUCCAACGGUCCUGGACUCAAAUAUAAAGUCAUGUGGCGUCAAGAGGACGCCGAGACAGAGUGGACAUCCGUCGCCGUGGCCAACGUCACCAAAUUUGUGGUGUCGGGGACGCCCACUUUCGUCCCCUACGAGGUGAAGGUUCAGGCUCUGAAUGCUGUGGAUCACGGACCCAAACCUGCCGUUGUUAUCGGAUAUUCAGGCGAGGACUUUCCUUCAGCAGCGCCGGAUAACGUCCAGGUUAACGUGGUGAACAGCACGCUGGCAGAGAUCCACUGGAAGGCGGUUCCUCCUAAAUCUGUGCGAGGCCGACUUCAGGGCUACAAAAUUCAUUACCGUUGUGAGAGGAGUCUACACAGACACAACUCUCAUCACAACGACCAGAAGAUCGAGAUCUUCAGUCCCAAUAAAACCAGAGGAAGACUGCCCCACCUGCACCCGCACAGCGUCUACAGUCUUUACGUGUCGGCGUUUAACGGGCGAGGAGAGGGUCCCGCCGCCUCUGUCCAGCGCUUUGAGACCCCCGAGGACGUUCCUGGUUUUCCGUCAUUCUUCCGGGUGGUGGGUUCAGAUUUGGAAUCGCUCACGUUGGAGUGGGGUCCACCUCACCAUAGGAACGGACAUCUUAUGGGAUACUCGCUCAAAUAUCAGACAGUGAAUAGCAGCAACGAUUUGGGCGUGUUGGAGGAGCUGGACCUCCCGUCCAAUCACAGCAGCGUAACUCUGCACAACCUCAAACACAGCACACGCUACAAGUUUUACUUCAGUGCAAAGACCCUGAAGGGCUCCGGACCGGCUCUUACCGAGGAAGCCGUCACCAUUGUGCAUAAAGCGCUGCCGGCCGCUCCUGCGUUUGGGAACGUUAGCUCGUCUCUGAGCGAGGAUGGACCGCUAAUCAGUUGGGAGUACUGGGGCCCAGAAAACCAUCUUUAUGUUGAAUAUAUUAUAGACAACAGUGAAGAAGACUGGCACAAAGAGAAGGUGAACGGAUCUCACUCUCAUGUUCUCAAGGGUUUGAAAGAAGGUUUGGCCUACAAGGUGCGUGUGGUGGCCAGAGAUCAUGACAACCGAACGCUCCAUCACUCUGAAGAGCUGUUGGUUAAGGUCCCAGCGAUGGUGAGUCCUCAGGUGGACAUUGCGACUCAGGGCUGGUUCAUCGGUCUGAUGUCUGCUAUCGCUUUACUCAUUCUCAUCCUGCUCAUCGUCUGCUUCAUCAAGAGAAACAAAGGCGGGAAAUAUCCAGUGAAGGAGAAAGAAGACGCUCACGGGGAUCCUGAGAUUCAGCCCAUGAAGGACGACGAUUUAACAUUCGGCGAGUACAGUGACGAGGACCAUAAACCCUUAAAAGGGAGCCGAACACCGUCCAGUGGAACCGUGAAGCGAGACGAUAGUGACGACAGUUUAGUUGACUACGGAGACUCUGGAGACACACAGUUCAACGAGGACGGCUCUUUUAUAGGACAGUAUAGCGGGAAGUCUGAUCGGAGCGUGCUGCGCGGUCAUGAGAGCUCAGAGCCGCCGUCUCCUGUUAAUGCCAUGAACUCGUUUGUGUAAGCGUGCCGCCCGUGAGAUGGAUUUGGUUAUAAAUAUAUGAAUCGGAUGUAGGCCAACCAACAUUUAAGCUAAAAGCAGUUUCAGCCAAUGCUAACGCAAACAUAAAUAUAUAUGUACAGUAUACAUGCAUGAAGAAAAUAUUCUAUUAUUGCAGAUAGCACAGAGAAAUAAGAACAAGAAAUCAGGAAAAAAAGAAUUUUCGAGUAUUAUAUUGGUGUUACUGUACAGGCAGAAUGCUCUACGAGCACAUUCAGGACACUUGCCAUUUUUAUUGUGUGAUUAUAAUAACUAGUAUUAUAGGGUUUUUUUCACAACAAUUCUUAAAGAUGCCCAUUUUUGCCUUCUGUAGUGAAAAUAAAUUGUGUCAGAGAUCCUGAUAAAUGUAGGCAGGUUUUACACCUGUCACCUGUAGCAUGAACUGCAGACAGCAUCAUUCUGACCGUUUCCAUAGCAACCCUAACCUGCUCGCAUCAGACGUCUCGUGUGCUCCGCAGUGGUUGACGCUCUGAGGGGUUCUGUGCCUUUGCUGUGAAAAUUACCCCAAUCUAAAUCCAUCAGACGCUUUUCUCCCUGUAGGCAAAGUAUGAGAUUUAAAUGAAAGAUCUCAAAUGAAUUCUGCCAAUUCAGUCCUGUUUCAUGCUCAAUUGUAGAAAUGGGACUAAAUGUCACCUGAGAAUUUCACCCCAGAAUAAACAGCAGAAAUGAAAUUGUCAAAAUCCAUUUUUUGAAGGACGGUUUUUACACCCACCCCUUACUUUAAUCCUGUCCAGACAUGACGAUUUAAAAAACAAAACAUCAGCAUAAAUUGAAUCAAGUACAACAAACAAUACCACCGUGUAUAACUGCUUAAAAUAUAAUCUCAUAUAAUCCCUUUUUUGUCAGAGUAAAAGGAUUUUGGUGGGCUAAUUGUCAUUAAAUAACGCCACAUCUUAAUGCUACAGAAAAGAUAUAAUUAUGUAUUAUAUUGAAUUUUCUGUUUGAUUUUAGGGUGAAAUUUGACAUGUACAUGUUUUUGAGAUUCUCUAUAAAUUGCCUGUGUAAACGUGUGUGUGAGAGAGAUUAUUUUUUCUUAACUUGCAUCAAGUUUGAAUUUCAAAUGUAACUUUUUUGUGUAAAGAUUUUGGUACCUUUGUAAAUAAAUGACGAGUUGGUUUGGCUUAAGGGCAGGAGGUUCAGUCGAUAUGCGUUUUAUUGAAUGGAAACCUGUGAUUGUGUGUUGUGCUCAUUUUCUAUUUUGGUGUAAUUAUUGUUUAUUUUGACGGUCAUUUUAUUCUCAUAUUUACAACAGUGUCUCUUGUGUUUUAUUGACUUACGUGAUUAAAGUCUGCAGGUUAAUUGCAAUACAAUACUCAUAUACUAGGACUGUAUAUCUCUGCUAUUUAUGAUCAUUCUAGGAUAUUGCAUUAUAUAAUGCUACAGCUAUUCGAAGAUUUUCUCUUUGCAAAUAGGUAUUCUUAAAGGAUUUUAUACUCUCAUUAACCACACAAGUGUUCAAGAUUCAGGAUUUACUAACUACAUGAGUUGUUUCACUGGAAAUGUUGGAGAUUUCAGCCACUCUCAAUAUAAUAUUGAUAAUAUUCAAUAAAUACAUGAAAUUA